AUGAUUUCGCACUCUGCCAAGUUCGAGCAGUUCACCUCCUUGCUGGCCCGCGAGUGGACCCCCACGAAUGAGAAUGCUACCGCCACGCUCAAGGACAUCGCACACUUCAUAGCUGAGGCACGCAGUGAACUCAUAACAGGGGCAUUGGAGGACAUGCAGAGGAGGCUCCAUCUUGCGUUCCAGACGCAGGCCGCGUUCAUGGAGAAGAGCGACGAGGACCACACUGCUUGGCAGAAUUGGUCCCGCGCAGUUGAGGAGGCCAGCAUCUGCUUCUCAGGCAUCUAUGACGUGGAGCAUUUGAGGACAUCCAUUGCGAACAGGCUCGCUACCUUCAACGCGACAGCGGCUGCAUCGAGCGUGUACAAGCUGAUUGUUGCGGUGUGCAAUCUGAAGCUCCCCGAUCAGAAAGAAUGGAAUGUUGAUCUGAUGCGCGAUAUCGAACGCCUUCGGAGUGCAGCCGCGGGCCACCUCAAUGCGAAGUGGAAUGGCGAGGGGAAGCCGACCGUGAUGGCGUGUUUCAAUGACGUGUGCGAUUUCUUUGUGUACAUGUUGGCGAACAGUCGACCCGACAACGUCGGUGAGGCAAUGUCACCCUACAAGGGGCUGGCUUGUUCGCUGGCGAAGGUGUGUCCUGAAAACGUCUGGGCCCACUACAAGGCUUUGGACACGUUCCACCGGUUUGGCAUCAAGGAUUUGCUCCAGAAGGCCACGGUUCGCGGCGAGCUAGAGCAGUUGCAGCAGCGUGUGAUGACGUUGCAGGAGCAGCUCGGAUCCAUCAGUGAAGCAGAUUGCCCCAGACGGUACCAUCAGAUGAACAGUUUCUGCACGGAGGAGAAGGAUCUCCUCGACGACAUCACCAAGGAGCAGCACAGUGCCGACACCAAGCACCUGAAGGACGCCAUCAACACGCUGGCGUUGAUCGCCACUGGUGUCCCUGGCACCACGGACCCGACGACAUCGUGGCUGGACAGGUUCACGGGCAAGACGUUCGGUGAUCUGCAGAAGACGGCGAACGAGACCAUCCUCCAGGUCGGCCCGCAGAAGACGCUCUCGGCGAAGGACAGCGUCUGCAAGGCAGUCGAGAACUACAAGGUUUCCAUUGCGAUGGCUGGCAAAGGUGUCGACAACACGUUCGUGACGAACGCAGAUCAGGUGCUGCGCGAUGCUGCUCUCGCAAAGGCGCACGGUGUGCUGAUGACAAAGCUCGCCAGCGACAUUUGUUUGGAGGAUCUCCGCGACUCGGUCGCUCUCGGGGUCAAAGAGUUCAGGGCUUCGACGAAGCUCAAGGAGAAGGAUGUGUUUCACAAGCUUGUCAUUCAGAGGACGGUCCUCGCCCUCCAGAUGAAGCCGCCCUCGUAG